AUGAGUUUGCUUUUAAUUGAUGAGCUAGCAAGCAAUGACAUUUUGAUUAGGUGGCGCGACUAUCCACGAUGCUUUCCUCGUACCAUUGUUCAUCGGCGAUUGCUAAGAACGCCUCUCCACCGUCUCUCAAUACUCUGGCCGCCUCCGCCUUUAUUCCUCUACUGCCCCACAAGAAAUCAAGCCGUCAGUUUGUUUCCUUCAGCCACCUUUCAUUUCGCGGGAAUUCAAUUUCCUCCAGGAAUCCAAGUUUUUGCACCGUUUCCGCCUCUAAAUCAGACGGCCAAUCAUUAUUUUCCUUAUCAGGGAGGUGAAUCAUUUUUCAGGGAUGUUUUGACAAGUAUGGAAACAGUUUAUUUGAAUAGAAACCCUACUGCAAAAUCCAUCUUGGAACUUGUCCAUUCUGUUGAUAAUGAACAAAUUUGCUAUGAUCAUUUGGCUUUCAGGACUUUUGGGAUAAAUGGAUAUGGGAUUAACUCCAUGGCUAGUUUUUUUCUGGACUAUGGGUAUACCCAAAAGGAGGAACUAAGGUUUCCUGCUAAAAAAUUGAGAGCUUUGUGGUUUUCUCCUCCUAGUAGUUCCUCUCAAGAUGGUGGCAGUGGUGUUAAUGGGCCCUUACCAAGAGUAUUUAUUUCAGAGCUUCUUGUGGAUCAAAUGAGCCCCAAAACACAGGAAAUAAUCAGGAAAUACACUGAAAAAUCUGGUAGUGGAAAUAAAUAUGCAGCUCUUGCAAGUGCUAUGGGAUCUUUAACAUGGGAGAAGCCCUUGUAUUCUGAAUUUCAGCAAUUGGCAGGAGAAAGUGAAUAUGCUGCCUGGACCCUUGUCAAUGGGUAUGCACUCAAUCAUGUCACUAUCUCCGCACAUCGGCUGAAAUCUAACUUGAGGAGUAUCAAAAGCCUCAAUCAGUUCAUUGAAAAGAGUGGGUUCAAGUUGAAUUCUGAAGGUGGAGUUCUAAAAGUGAGUCCUGAUGGCCUUCUGCUGCAAAGUUCAACAGUGGCAGAUUCAAUCCCAUUCUGUUUUUCUGAUGGUAUCAAUGAGACUGUUCCCUGUUCAUACAUUGAGUUCGCUGAACGCCUUGUGCUCCCUCAAUAUAAAAAUCUGCCUGAACGUGAGGUCAAAGAGUCCCACAGGCGAGAUGGAUUUGAGGUUGGGAAUGCUGACAAGAUCUUUGAGAGCACAUCCAAAGAGCAGCUUACAAGGAGAGCUUGAUGGGGUCCAUAACCACAUCUCCGCCAAGACAAAUCCAGCCAGAGGUGCCAUAAUAAGUUAGUCUCCUUAUCAAAGAUCUUAAUAUAAAUAAAUAAGUGUCACAGAUGUUGAAAGUGAAAAAAUAAUUGCUUUAGUAUAACGAGAGGAAGAGCUAGUGUGAGUUUGGACUUUGGAUGGUGGCCGUAUGGCAAAAAAAGAAAAAAAGCUUUUCUUAACCUUAGUCUAGCAUGGGUUUGAAGAUGGUGAGUUUUAGUAAUCAUUAAUUUCUACCA